CUGAUAUGAUGUUACAAAUAACACAUGUGGACGUUAUUCUCGUCAAUUACGGUCGCUUGGCUAUAAAUACUGAUUAACUCUGUAUCGUGUGUGAUGGAUAUUGACUACUAUAUGCAUAAAAUAAGGUCACGGUGUCUUUCUGGGUCUGUGAUGAACGUUAGCUUGUGACCUACUGAACACAGAAACAGGACGUCCUCCUGGCACACAAACGAUGAUGUUUCAGGGUCACAUGUGCUUUCGAUUGUGUGUUAUUCAAGCGGCUGUAGUACACAGUUUAUUUAGUGCUCCGAAACUCCUGUUUGAAGCUAAUCCAGUGAGACAAGGAGGCCAAUACACAUAUGCCACUGGAACUACAGUAGAACUGAACUGCACUAUAGCUGUGCCUGGUCUGAACUCGUCGGUCUUGGUCCUUCAGGGAUGUCAGUCACAUCUCCCUGCCAAACGUAACUCGACAAACACCAUUAUCUAUGUUAUUAAGAAUGGCGGGAGCCGGAAUUCUGGGGUGUACCGUUGUUGCAUCGGCCAGUGUGACGAAGGCUUUUCGUUCACGUCAAAUUCAAGAUCUCUCGCAAUCAGCUUUGGACCACUUCCACCUAAACCAAAGAACUUCAGUUGUGUUUCCGACAACUUCAUGAGUCUGAAAUGUAGAUGGGAUGUCAGUGGAACGAACAACACUUCCAACUUUUGGAUUUCAAGAUUCAUUUACGACAGGUAUGUGAGCGGUUCCUGCCAAAACACCAGCACCAGUUCCCAUCAGUUUCCGUGCGCUUGCAGCAACAUAGCUUUACGAACAGGAAUCAAUGAGAUGAAACCCUUGAUGUGUUCCAUGAAGAGUGGAAUACACAAACAAGGUCCAUUUUUCCAGUUUAAAAACUACUGGAUUCAAGUGUGGGGAUACAACCCUUUUGGUGAUGUUUUUUGGAACUACUCCGUUUUCACUGAUACCUCUAUUGUUAAACUACCACCGGUAAGCAUUUUACACGCCGACGCACGGAACAGCUCCAGCAUACAGGUCGUGUGGGAUUUAAGGUCGACAAUACAGAUUGACAUCACGUUUGAAGUAGCAAUAAGGAAUCUGAGAUCACGUGAUCAAAGACAGUCGUUUCAGAACAUCACGACUACAACCAAAAUGGCCUCACUAGAGAAUCUGAGACCGUUCACCAACUAUUCAGUACAAGUGAGGAGUCGACCUAAUGGCGGGUGUUACUGGAGCGACUCCCGGAGUGUUAAUGUGACAACAAUGGAGGACUCACCAUCCUCAGCUCCAGUGUCGACACCGGGGGCGUACAGUCGUAUUUCCUGCGAGGAGUCCAUGGACUGCGUGUGGUUAUAUUGGAAGCCCAUUGAAGAGCUGUCUCGAAAUGGCAUCAUUACUAAAUACAUCAUAAAUUCGUCAUCUACUCGGCAUCAGUCUACAAUUAAACAACCAGACCCUAAGAAAGACACGUUUUCUUCUCAGCUGCAGUGGUCGGAUAAAGGGGCGGAUCACGACAUAUUCAUACGAGGUCAAACUUCGAAAGGACCAUCGCCAACAUAUCAUCUGCACGUGCCAAACGACACGAAAGCCCCUAAGAAGCCGCGCUGGGUUGUAGUAGAGGUUCUGAACACCAGUUGUGAAACAUACCAGAUCACGUGGCCAGCACAGUCAUGUGAUUACUCACCCAAUGACAGUCUUACUAUUUUCUGGUGUCUGGGAGUUUCCAAACGGAGCCAUGUUAACUGUAAGGCUGCUCUGGAUUGGGUUGUGCUUCCACCAAACACCACAAUGUAUACAGUUUCUCCACACACAGACAAGAACGUUUCAACUAUUCUCAGCUGGUUUUUUGGUGUGGCCGUUCACAAGAAUAACUCAAGCAGUGGAAUCACUUGGAAUAAAUGCAUCUUUACAUUUAAUGGGGGUGCCUCUAAGCCUGUCAGUCUCUUCGCGUCUCCAGUCAACCUGACGUAUGUGGAGGUGUCGUGGCACUUCUCUUACUGCGACACAACGCAGGUACAAGGCAAACCCGAAGAAUAUUUAGUCGCAUACAACAAGGUGCAGCCUGGAGUCGUCAGUAACUGUACAGGAGGGUUACACAAAAGUGAGCCCGCAUCGUUCGACUCUAACAGCAUGUUUCUGACGGACCUCGACUACAAUGUCAACUAUCAAGUUUGUAUGAGAAUAAAGACACGGGUCGGCUUCAGUCCGUACAGCGAUCCUGUCCAGGUCGAAAUGAAACCUCCAGCUGCAGAUUCUAACGUUGAGGUCAUCAUUGGUGUGUCGGUUUCAUUCGGUAUAGUGGUGAUUAUUUUCACUGUUUGCAUGGUGAAAAAAAGGAAAACCUUGUUCUCAUCAUGUACUAAACUGAAAAUAGACCUUUCUCUUCUGCAUGAGGAGCAGAAGAAAGGAAAUCUUUACGGAGUGAGCAAUGCUACAUAUACACAUUUUGCAGAAACCCUAAAGGUCAGUUCUUUUGAUUCACCAAGCAAACAUUCAGGAUCUUAUGGGUACUCACAAACUGUAAAUGAUAAAAUAUGCAAAUCAUCUGGUUUUCUGGAUUUAUCCGUCUCAUCAUCUAUGACUGGUGACGGUAUAAUCAAUGAUGAAGGGUCUGAUGUGAGCAGCAGAGAAGCAAUGCAUACUGUGGAGCAAUGCUGUGAUCAGGGGCAGGUAGCCAGAUACCGGAUUCAGUAUGAUUCUGGGUUUCUUUCUCACGAUCUUAACAAGGACAGUGUUGUAGGAAUGUCUCUGCAUCCGGAUGUACCAAUGACUCUUUGUGUGAAAAAUGAUAUGCUCAGCAAACAGUGUAAUUUACCUAUUAUACAGGAAUCUUCGGACAUGGGUGAUUAUGCUGUAUUUCAAACACAGGAAACCGAAACGUCAAAAGACGUAAUAUGUAAGCAGCACAGCAAAACUUCUGAUUAUGUGGUCCAUAGUGACAUAUAUCAGCUUGCCGAUGAAUAUUCUGUCUUUUCUGAACAGCUUGCAGAAACAAAAAUAAAGAAAGCUGAGACCCUUAUUAUCAGUGGUGGUGAUGAUAAUGAUGAUGAUGUUGAUGAUGAUGAUGUUGAUUAUGAUGAUAAUGAUGGUGAUAUUGAUGAUGAUGGCAAAAGUGAUAAUAAUGAUGGUAAGGGGGAUCAGGUAGUUGGGUAUGUCUUAAGAAUGCACUGCUCUGAAUCGGGUGCGGAGCGGCAAGCUGACUUCAGAGGAUUACCUUCAACAGACUAUGUUAGCUGUGAUCAAUGGUCGGACAACAACAGCCAGUUCACUUGAAGACUCAACUCCAAAAAAAAGACGAAGUUUGUUUUGUUUAAUAACACCACUAGAGCACAUUGAUUUUGUUAAUCAUCGGCUAAUGGAUGUCAAACAUAUAGUCAUGUUGACACAGUCAUAGAGAGGAAACC